GCUGAAGCUGGCCAUCCUGGUAUGAAGCAUAUGGUACACGUUGAUGUUUCUCGCCUCAAGAUAAACGCCGCAAUACAAGGUACGAAUGGCAACAGAAUCGUCGAUCAGUGAAAAUACACUUACAACUAUUCAAUCAGAAAACAGAACGGCACUAUUUGGGACUGCUGCAUUUUGGGAACAGAGAUGGCAAGAAGGAAAGAUUGGGUUUCACUCGCCAAACGUACAGACAUUUCUAUUGAAAUACGUGGAUUUAUUGACAAAUGGUAAAACAGGUUUAAGAAUAUUUGUACCACUAUGUGGCAAAACAGUUGACAUGAAAUGGUUAGCUGAUAUGGGACACCACGUGAUAGGUGUUGAUAUUUGCAGAAUGGCUUUGAAGCAGUUUUUCGAAGAGAAUAACUUGGAGUACACGAUGAGUACUGUUAAAGGUUUGGAAAAUGGAGAAUUGUACCAGAGUAGUGAUGGAAGAAUUCAACUUUACAAAUGUGAUAUCUUCGAUAUAUCUAGAGAUAUGGUUGGACAAUUUGAUGGUAUCUGGGACAGAGGCGCAAUGACUUCCAUUUUGCCAACAGCAAGGGCAAGAUAUUGUGAUAUCAUGGUAACAGUGUUGAAACCAACUGGACGAUAUCUGCUAGUGUGUGUGGAAUAUGAUAAAUCGAAGUCAAGUGGCCCUCCAGUUUGUUUAUUGGAGAGCGAAAUUAAAGACGUCUAUGGGAGUUUUCUAAAAAUUGAGAAGAUUGCUGAGAGAAAUCGCAUGGAAGAAAAAUGGUUAAAAAGAGGUCAUACCUACUUCAAGGAGUGCGUCUAUUUGUUGACAUUCAGAGAGUAA